CCAAUUUCAAAACUAUAAUCUCUGACACAAUGAUCCAAAAUUCAGAUAAUUUCCAACCAUAUUAUUUUUAACAGGCUACAUUCGAAAAUUAGCUGGUAUUAUUCAAAGUUCAGCACUGUAUAGAAAAUCAUAUUAGUGAUACUUCUACUUUCAUCCUGAGGACGCCAUGAACUACCACACAAAACUUCCAUUACUUAUCAUUCUACUCGUGUUGAAAGAGCUUCCAUCAACGCAGACUGCCUCACCCUCCCUCACGUAUGACAUCUCAAAAUCAUUGCCUAAUUGGAUUGACAGGAUAUUUGAAAACGUCAAGGAUUCGAAUAUAGAUAGAGCAUUAAAAAAUGCAUUCGUUUCAGCCAAAGGCUACAGCAUAGCUGGAGAACUGAAAUACAAUAUAACUGACAAAAGGAACUCUGCUGUAUUGCUGAGAUCAAUAAACAUACAUUACGAACUUGAUUUGUAUAUUAAUCCAUCGGAUACAGCCGGAAAUAAGCCAUUCAUACUGAGAACGUGGAGAUCAUCUGAUAAAAAAAUUCGUAUAUCGACCGAAAGAUUGAUGAUUGUUUCAAAAGGAGGAAUUAGUGAACACGAGGAUACGUCUCAUGCUAGCUACUUCGCCGAGUUGCAAUUCCAGAACUUCGUAUUGGAUGCGACUCGAGUGUCUCACGAUCCUAAUGACGUAAAAUUCUCUUUCGAAUUUUCCUACAAUAAUUCCUGCGUUUGUAAUCACGAACCUCGGGAUGACAUUGACAUGAUAAAAAAGACUAAACUCAUGAUACCGUUAGCGCUGCACGAACAUAUGAAUAGUAAUCCGAAAUUCUCCGAAGCCAUACACCAAAUCGUCAAAAUCUACUACGGACCUGAAGAAAUUAUCUCAGCUGAUCCGAAUUUCUCAGACCACCGGCAGCAAUAUUACUAUUUUAUACCACUAAUUUUCUUUUACGGUUUUGGUUUGAGAAAUGUCAUUAUUCAGGGAUUACUGAAUAUCGAAUCUUUAGACGUAGACAAGGAAUCUUCCUUUUUUACCCAAACACUGUUGAUGAGAAAUAUCACAGGACAUAUGGUCUUAGACUACGGUUCUGAUGAAAUGGCACCUUUAGAACUGAAUUUCCUGAUUGAUUACUUUUCGAUUUCGAUUCAAAAUGCAAACGAUUUAGUGCACGUGGAAGCGAGAAGCUACAGUGUUAAUCGUACAACCAAUGAUGAUCCGCUAACUUAUCGCCAAUCGGCAAAUAUAAUUCGAAAAAUAGAAUGCGCUUUGGCUGCUGGCUUGAUGCCAUCAAAACGAGCAUGGAAAACGUGCCAUAUGGAAUCUGAUAUCGGCCAAAUUGAAAUCACAAAUGCAACUGAUUGGGACAUGAUCGUGAAAAAAUACAGCGAUUGGAUCCCAUUUAACUCAAUCGACGCCUCGAAGAAAUUAGGUUUUAUACGAAGAAUAUUCCAGGCAGCAGGUGGAUGUUUUGGGUCGAGAUGUUGAGACCAAAUCAAUUUUGGAAAAUUGAAUAUAAUGUAGGUUGACUGCGACGACUUACCUACCUAGUACCUACUAUAACUUCAGAACUGUUUAGAUUACCUACCUAAAUAAAAUUAAUGUUUUGUA